UAAAGUAAUGUCAAAAUUUUUUUAGUUGGUUCGUCUACAAUUUCCCCUUUGGUGGUUUUUGUUUGGCGUUGUGAUCUCCUCUAUAUUAUUUUUUUUGUAUUAUUUUUUCGCUGCCUCAACAUAUCCUUACUACACACUUAAUCCAUUCAACAAAUAGAUCACUUUUAGCUAUCGUCAAACCAACAAUCCAACAACAACAAAAUGUCCAAUCGCCGUGGUGGUGGAGGUGGCCCUGGACCACUUCCAAAUCGCUGGCUACAUUGUCCACGCAAAAGUGAAAAUAUUAUUGCUGAUAAAUUUAUAGCAUUUAAGACUCCGCUAAGCAAUAAAUUCAAAGAUCAAAUGCCCUUGGAUUGUAUGUUUCCACCUGAAAUGAUAUUUGGCUAUGUUAAAGCAUUAAAGUUAAAAUUAGGAUUAUGGAUUGAUUUGACAAAUACAAAACGUUUUUAUGAUCGAGAAGUUAUUGAAUCUAAAGGAGCUACAUAUGUUAAGCUACAAUGUCGUGGUCAUGGCGAAACUCCAUCCAUUGAACAAUCUCGAUCGUUUAUUGAAAUUGUUGAUAAUUUUAUAAAUGAACGACCUUUUGAUUUGGUUGCUGUACAUUGUACUCAUGGAUUUAAUCGAACAGGCUUCCUCAUUGUUUCUUAUAUGGUGGAACGUUUGGAUUGUUCAGUUCAAGCUGCUUUAUCGGCAUUUUCUGAUGCCCGUCCACCUGGAAUCUAUAAACAAGAUUAUAUCCAAGAGCUCUUCCGACGAUAUGAUGAUGAAGAGGACGCACCCCAAGCACCAGCAUUGCCAGAUUGGUGUUUUGACUUUGAUGACUCUGAUGGCAAUGGACCACAAAAACGCCAACUUGAAGACGAACCAGAAACAAAUCAAACCAACACCACAGAAAAUGGUGUUGGAGCUGCUGCCGAUGGAUCUGAAAAAGCUUCAAAUUCAAAGAAAAAAAGACGCAAAGAAGUUUUUAUUAAAGAUGCACAAUUUAUGUCCGGUGUGAGUGGUGUUGUUUUGGUGACUGACGAACCUCGUUUGGGUGAACUUCAACUCAAGGUACAAAAUAUGUGCGGCUGGGAAAACUCUGGAUUCCCUGGAGCACAGCCUGUAUCCAUGGAUAGGAAAAAUCUAAAUUUCCUUGCAGAAAAACCAUAUAUGGUAUCUUGGAAAGCCGAUGGAACAAGAUACAUGAUGCUUAUAAAUAAAAAAGACGAAGUAUAUUUCUUCGAUAGAAAUCAUUCAUGCUUUCAAGUUGACAAUGUUUCAUUUCCUCAACGUGAGAAUCUUAUGGAAGGUGUUUAUGAUACUUUGUUAGAUGGAGAAAUGGUAAUUGAUAAAGUUCAAGGCCAAAAUAUACCACGAUAUUUGGUAUACGAUGUUGUUCAAUUCCAAGGCAAUCCAGUUGGAAAAAUGUCUUUUAAAAAUCGAUUGAAAUAUAUUAAAAGUGAACUCAUAGAUCCUCGAUAUGAAGCCUUUUCUAAAGGCAUAGUCAAUAGGUUGUUAGAAUCGUUUAGUGUUCGUAAUAAAGAAUUUUGGGAUAUUACAAAAGCUGCAUCGCUUUUGGAUCCAAAAUUUACAAGAUGUCUUCCCCACGAACCGGAUGGUUUGAUCUUUCAACCAGUUGAUGAGCCAUAUACAGCUGGUGUAUGUAAAGAUAUACUCAAAUGGAAACCUCUUAGUUUGAAUUCAGUUGAUUUUAAACUUAAAAUAGUCAUGGAAAGUAGACCUGGAAUGAUUGCUUCAAAAGUGGGGCUACUAUAUGCCGGUGGAAUGGAUGAUCAGAGCUAUGCUCAAAUGAAAUACACUAAAGAUUUAAAAGAUUUAAAUGGAAAAAUUGUCGAAUGCACGGUUAAAAAUGGCCAAUGGACAUUUUUGAGAGAACGAACAGACAAAACCCAUCCAAACAGUUUUAAAACUGCAAAUUCUGUUAUAGAGAGUAUCAGAAAUCCAGUCACAAAAGAGAUUCUUCUUAGUUUUAUUGAAGAAAAUAGAUACCGCCACGAUAUUGAAAGAAUGCCACCACCACCGCCAGCUGUAGCACCAGAUUCCCAACGAGAUAUGUACAAUAAUUAUCUUUAUAGGCCAGUUACUUAAGACAAGAAAAGAAUUCCCAUUAUGUCGCAAAAAAAAUUGCAUCGAAGUGAUCUUUUCAAAACAAUCAUUUCGGUUCUAUUCUUUUGCGAUUAAGGAUGUUUUAAAAAUGACUGGUUUAUUAUAAAUAUUAGCAAAUAUAAUAGAUCAUUAAAAAUC